UGGACGCGCGCCUCCAAAGCGGGGCUGCUCGAGCUGCUGCUGCGCGAGCGCUGGGUGCGCGUGGCGGCCGAGCUGAGCGGCGAGGCGCUGAGCCUCACGGCCGAGCCCGGCGCCGAGGCGGCGGCGGCGGCGGCGCCCAACGGCGUGCCCAACGGCGGCGAGGCGGGCGGCGUGCGCCGCGUGCGCGUGCUGAAGGCGGAGGCGGGCGGGCUCGGCAUCAGCAUCAAGGGCGGCCGCGAGAACCGCAUGCCCGUGCUCAUCUCGCGCAUCUUCCCGGGGCUGGCGGCGGAGCGCAGCGGCGCCCUGCGCCUCGGCGACGCCAUCCUCGCCGUCAACGGCGUCGACCUGCGCGACGCCACCCACGACCAGGCCGUGCAGGCGCUCAAGCGCGCCGGGAGGGAGGUCGUGCUCGAAGUGAAGUUCAUGCGCGAGGUGAGCCCCUACGUGAAGAAGCCGUCGCUGGUGUCGGACCUGCCCUGGGACGGCGCCGCGCCGCAGUCRCCGAGCCUCAGCGGCAGCGACGACUCGGGCUCCCCGCAGCACCACGGCGGCGCCAAGGACCGCAAGGUGAUCCCGCUCAAGAUGUGCUUCGCCGCCAGGAACCUCAGCAUGCCCGACCUGGAGAACCGGUUGAUCGAGCUGCACUCCCCGGACAGCCGCAACACGCUGAUCCUGCGCUGCAAGGACACGGCCACGGCGCACUCGUGGUUCGCGGCCCUGCACGCCAACAUCGCGGCGCUGCUGCCGCAGGUGCUGGCCGAGCUCAACGCCAUGCUGGGCGGCGGGCCGGCGGCGGGCGGCAGCCGCGAGGUGAAGCACGUCGCCUGGCUGGCCGAGCAGGCCCGCCUGGACGGCGGGCGGCAGCAGUGGCGGCCCGUGCUCAUGGCCCUGACGGAGAAGGACUUGCUGCUCUACGACUGCAUGCCCUGGACCCGCGACGCCUGGGCCUCCCCCUGCCACAGCUACCCGCUCGUGGCGACCAGGCUGGUGCACUCGGGCGCGGGGCGGCGCUCGCCCUCGCCGGGCUCCGAGCUCACCUUCGCCACGCGCACGGGCUCCCGCCAGGGCAUCGAGAUGCACGUCUUCCGCGUGGAGACGCACCGCGACCUCUCCUGCUGGACGCGGCUGCUGGUGCAGGGCUGCCACGCCGCCGCCGAGCUCGUCAAGGAGGUGUCCGUGGGCUGCACGCUCAACGGGCAGGAGGUGACGCUCUCCAUCCACUACGAGGGCGGCUUCACCAUCGCGCGCGAGGCGGCGGCGGGCGGCAGCGUCCUCUUCCGCUACCCCUACGAGAAGCUCAAGAUGUCGGCGGACGACGGCAUCAGGAACCUCUACCUGGACUUCGGCGGCCCCGAAGGGGAGCUGGCGCUGGACCUGCACUCCUGCCCCAAGCCCGUGGUCUUCGUCCUGCACACCUUCCUGUCAGCCAAAGUCACCCGCAUGGGGCUGCUGGCGUAG